CCUAUCUCUUUCACUCUCUCUCUUGAAAACUCCGAUUUAUCUCUCUCAGGUGCUCUUUUCGUUUGCAUCCAGACUCUCUCUCUCUAAAAUCCCCAAAUUUUAUAGGGUUUCUCUUUCUGAAUCAUUCCUGGUCCUGUUACUGAUUAUAGCAAUCAAUCAAUCUCCAAUUCACUUCACCAAAGCCUAAUUUUAUCUCUAGGGCUUUCGAUUGCAAUGCCGCCACCGAACAAAUCGAGCAGGGCUGGCAGAAUCGCCGACUCGGAAGAGUCGGAGAUGCCUUCGAACAACUUGUGGGUGGGGAACCUGGCGAGCGACGUGACGGACUCGGAUCUUAUGGACCUCUUCGUCCAGUACGGCGCGCUGGACAGCGUCACCUCGUACUCGUCGCGGAGCUAUGCAUUUGUCUUCUUCAAGCGCAUCGAGGAUGCUAAGGCCGCCAAGGAGGCUUUACAAGGCGCCGAGUUGCGUGGCCACCCCGUCAAGAUCGAGUUCGCGCGUCCGGCAAAACCUUGUAAGCAUCUAUGGGUGGGUGGAAUUAGCCCAACAGUUUCAAAGGAAGAAUUGGAAGAAGAAUUUCUUAAGUUUGGUAAAAUUGAGGAUUUUAAGUUUCUUAGAGACCGCAAUACUGCAUUUGUCGAAUUCCUUCGAUUGGAAGAUGCUUCCCAAGCCAUGAGAAACAUGAAUGGGAAGCGUUUAGGUGGUGACCAGAUACGGGUGGAUUUCCUUAGGUCGCAGCCCUCAAGAAGAGAACAGUGGCCUGACUCCAGAGAUGGGCCCUUUCAGGGCAGAAGCAUGGGACCUGCUGAUUCCCAUUUAGGUUAUAAAAGGCAAUUGAAUCCUCUGUCUUCUGGGGGGCGAAAAGGAGAUGGUCAACCCAGUAACGUUUUGUGGAUAGGUUACCCUCCUUCUGUUCAGAUUGACGAACAAAUGCUCCACAAUGCUAUGAUUUUAUUUGGUGAAAUAGAGAGAAUUAAGAGUUUUCCUUCAAGAAACUACUCCUUUGUGGAAUUUAGGAGUGUGGAUGAAGCCCGGCGUGCUAAGGAAGGGUUGCAGGGUCGGCUUUUUAAUGAUCCGCGAAUAACCAUUAUGUUUUCGAGCAGUGAUCUGGCACCUGGCAAAGAUUACCCUGGUUUUUAUCCUGGAACUAAAGGGCCAAGGCCAGAGAUGUUUUUAAACGAACCUUCAUUUCGACCUGCACAAUUGGAUAUGUUUGGUCAUAAUCGUCCUAUGGUAUCAAAUAAUUUUUCUGCAUCAUUGCAAUCUAUGCCUAUGAGGCCUUUUGGUCGUCAAGGCAGUCUUGAACCUCUGCUUUCAGGCCCAGAAUUUGAUGAUUUGGCCACACAUCCUAAUCUUCAGGAUGGUAAUUUGAAAAAUAUGAUGGGUCCAAACUGGAAAAGGCCAUCUGCUGCAGCUGGGAUGCUCCCUUCUUCUGGAACAGGUAUUAUACCGUCCACGAUAUCUAUGCCUGGUGCUUGGGACGUGUUUGACAUAAAUCAAUUUCAAAGGGAUUCUAAAAGGUCGAGGAUAGAUGAUGCUUUGUCCAUUGAUGACGUUUCUUUUCCUUUGAGAAAACAUGAUGAUCGUGGGUUGGGGUUGGAUCAAUCAUAUGGAUUUGGUCCAAUAACUGAUGGAGGCCCCUCUGAUCCUUUAGCAAAUGUUCCUGGGAGGAGUAGCCACAGUCCUGUAGGUGCAAGGGCCAUGGCUGGAGGACCUGGUCAGGGUCAUGUUGAUAAUGAUUGCAUUUGGCGUGGUCUUCUUGCUAAGGGGGGAACACCUGUAUGUCAAGCUCGUUGUGUCCCUAUAGGAAAAGGAAUAGAGACUGCACUUCCUGAAGUUGUUAAUUGCUCGGCCAGAACAGGAUUGGAUAUGCUCACGAAGCACUAUGCUGAUGCCAUUGGUUUUGAUAUUGUUUUCUUCUUGCCAGACAGUGAAGAUGAUUUUGCUUCAUACACUGAAUUCCUCCACUACCUAGGUGCAAAAAGCCGUGCUGGCGUUGCUAAGUUUGAUGAUGGGACCACGUUAUUUUUGGUACCUCCAUCAGAUUUCUUAACUAGCAUUUUGAAAGUUGCUGGCCCUGAACGUCUAUAUGGUGUCGUUCUCAAGUUUCCGCAACAAGUUCCUAGUGGCACAUCCAUUCCUCAACAACCGUAUCUUCCUAUCCCUUCAUCUCAAUAUAUAGGUAGACAGCAGAUUCCUCAUAUUGAGUAUGGUGUAGUCUCAUCAAAGGAAGAACAAGUUUUGCCUAUUGAUUAUAACAGGGUUUUGCAUGAGGACUCAAAGCUUCCUUCAAAAUCUCUUUUGCCAGCUACGAGUGAGUCCCCUGCAAUGCACUCAGCACCUCAAGACUACACUUCUACUAAUGCACUAUCAGUGUCCCAACCUGGAGUGACGUUAACACCUGAGCUUAUUGCUACUCUAGCUUCCUUACUGCCUGCAAAUUCACAGUCUUCUGCUUUAGAAAGUGAAAAACCUGCAUUAGGCUCAUCAUCUGUGAGGCCUUCAAUUCCACCUCAUGGUGCCCUUGAUAAAGGUACCCCAUCUCAAGACUGGAAGCAAGAUCAUCAAACUUCUGACCAUAUGAGUCAUUCGUUGCAACAGUUGAGGAGUCAGUUUAAUCCUCAAGUACAAAAUCAUUCCCAAUAUCAGCCUUACCCACCCGUCUCAAGCAUACCUGGUCAUUCUGCCCCAUUGGUACUUGGCAGUGCCCAAAUCCAGGACUCUUCUGUCAGCCUGCUGCCGCAGGGUGCAAAUAUCUCUCGGCCUUUGAACCAAAGUGGACAGCUUGCUGCUUCUCCUCAAGUGAGCCAGCAGUAUCAUCUUGAAAUUCCUCCCAGUAGAGGCUAUGGGAUGGGUCAUGGAACAGAGGCUUCUGGCUUAUACAGUUCACCACCUUUUCAGCAAGCUAAUGGUCCUUUGACCUCAUCUGGUCAGGCCCAUGGUUCUCUUCUUUCCCAACCACCAACAUUUGCUUCUGAAAAAGUGAGCUCGGAGCUUCCCAAUCAGGUACAGCAGCUUCAAUCUGCACUCUUUGGCACUGGGCAGGGCACGCCGGAUGUUGAGGUUGAUAAGAACCAGCGCUACCAGUCAACGCUACAAUUCGCUGCUAGCCUCCUCCUCCAGAUACAGCAGCAGCAGCAAACGACCACUCAGGCCGGACGAGGUUCUGGAAAUCAACAAUGAGGUUGCUUGGGCUUUCUUUUUAACAAACCGACGUCCGUACGUAUAUUGAAUUUUCAAACGGGAACGCCUGGGUUUGGUUUGACUUGCUGCUUCUCAUCGCCGGCCAAUUUCUUCUAUCUACUACUACUACUACUACUACUUCAAUGGAACUCGUUGCUUAGGAUAAUGUACAAAAUGGUCUUUUUGUAGCUCUUUUCUGCUGUGUUCUAUUUGUUUCCGAAUCUAACCUUUAAAUUAAUCAAGUUUUACUCUC